AGAACCACCGUUUACAUAGAGGUCCGCCCGACAGCUAAGCUAGGCUAACGGGCUCACUGCUCAGCUAGUAAACAUGCUAGCCGUAGCUUAGCACGUCCCGUGAGCCCGCAUGCCGCCCUGUUCCCGCUCAUCAGCGCCUCGCAGAGGACCGUAGUGCGGACCGUACGAGCAGUGAGGACCACAGUAUGGACCAUUGAAGGAGCCGAGGGCUGCUUUACGUUUCUCAGCGACUGCGCAUUUAGUUCGGAGGCUCCAGGCUAGGCUAAGCUAACUGGCGGUUUGUUUUUGCCCGUUAGCUUAGCGCGCUAACGGCUAGCCUUAGCGCCAGUGGAGCUGCGGUUCGGUUCUGCUCAGUCCCCCGGGCUGCUCUUCCUCCCCUCGGGGACUGUGGGCUGAGCGUCCCGGGCCGCGGUACCCCAGUCCGGGACACUGUCAACCGGGACCCGGCCCGCGGAUCCUGACCGAGGAGGAACGCGUCCUGCUCUACCGACACGUCCGUCAGGUCGCACAUCACCGGAUGUGGAAGUAGAUUUUUUUUGUCUAAAAUAGGAAAUUUCUCCCCUGACUUCCCCCGGAAAACCAACAAGCUAUUAUCAAAGAGUUUCCUGUCGGUGUAAACGAUGUCGCUGGUUGACCUAGGUAAAAGGUUACUGGAAGCAGCUCGUAAAGGUCAAGAUGAAGAAGUCAAGAUCCUGAUGGCCAACGGGGCACCCUUCACUACAGACUGGCUGGGGACGUCUCCUCUGCACCUCGCCGCCCAACACGGCCACUACUCCACGGCGGAGGUCCUGCUGCGCGCGGGCGUCAGCCGGGACGCCCGCACCAAGGUGGACAGGACCCCACUGCACAUGGCCGCCUCCAAGGGCCACACGGUGAUCGUGGAGCUGCUGGUCAGGAGCGGGGCGGAGAUCAACGCGAAGGACAUGCUGAAGAUGACGGCCCUGCACUGGGCGGCGCAGCACGCCCACCAGGGCGUGGUCCAGACGCUGCUGAAGCACGGCGCUGACGUCCACGCCCUCAGCAAGUUCGACAAGACGCCGUUCGACAUCGCCGUGGACAUCCAGCACACGGACCUGAUGCUGCUGCUGCAGGAGGGCAUGCAGAGCCAGCUCAACUCGUCCUCCCAGCCUCAGUUCAUCAUCCAGGGGCUGUCGGGGCUCCAGGGGGGCGUGGUCAACCUGGCCGACCUGCUCAACAAGGCCGGCGCAGGGGAGACGGAGGAGUCCAUCGCCGCCAGCUCUCUGGACUCCAACAUCCACCACGCGGUGCUGAACGAGGCGGGGCAGCGGGUCAUCACCAUAGUAACGGACCAGCAUGGCAACCUGCAGACCACCGGCGGGAUGGGCCAGCCCUUCUUCGUCACCAUGCAGCACGGCCAGCAGAUGCUGGCGAUGCCAUCCACUACGAUGACAGAGGAGGUGGUGGAGGAGGAGCCUCAGCCCCCGCCCAGCAGGAAGAGGAAGUUUGAGGCGAACAAUCACAAUGACUCAGGCGACACCCAGGAGCUGCUCCAGAGGCAGCUGCAGGAGGCGAACCGGAAGGCGCAGGAGUACCGGACGCAGCUCCACCGCAAGGAGCAGGAGGCGGAGGAGUACCGCGUGAAGCUGGAGGCCAUGAGCCAGAGCAACGGCACCUCCUGCCUGCAGAGCCCGGAGGAGGAGGAGGAAGAGGAGGGGGAGGGGGAGGAGGUGGAGGAGGUGGUGGGCGGGGAGGAGGUGGAGGAGGAGCAGGAGGUGGUAGAGGGGGAGGUGGAGGAGGAGGGGGAGAUGGUGGUGCUGCAGGAGGGCAGCAUCAUGAUGGAGGAGGAGGAGGGAGUGACACUCGUGGAGACCACCCAGGCCUCCUCCUAACGGGAGGAGCGGUGAGGGGGAGGUGGGGGAGGAGCUGAGAGGGGGAGGAGGGGGACUCUGGGAGCACGUGUUGUCCUCCAUUCCUUCCCCCGCUGUCCCUCUGCCCUCCUGCAGGGGUCUCUCUCUCUCUCUCUCUCUCUCUGUCUCUGUCUCUGUCUCUGUCUCUGUCUCUGUCUCUCUGUGUCUCUGUCUGUCUGGGGGUCUCUCUCUCUCCGGGGGAGCUCUCUCUCUGGGGAGCUCUCUCUCUCCGGAGUCUAUCCCUCUCUCUUUAGGUCUCUCUCUCUCUCCGGAGUCUAUCCCUCUCUCUCUCCAGUCUGUCUCUCCAGGACCCCUCUCUCUCGCUCUCGCUCUCUCUCUGGGGUCCCUCCCUGUGGUCUCUCGCUCUCUCUCUCUGGGGUCUCUCUCUCUCUCUCUCUGGGGUCUCUCUCUCUCUCUCUCUGGGGUCUCCCUGGCCUCCCUGCAGGGGUCUGUUUCUAGGAUAGGGAGGCUGUCAGAAGGGGGGGCUCCAGGUGUAUAAAGUUUUCUCCUUUGUAUGAAUUGAGAUUGAACCAAAUUGGCCCUGAGCCUCUGGCAGCAACCCAUGAGCACCGGACUCUACCCACUGACCCGGUCCCCUGCCGGUCGUCCCGACCAGGCAGGGCCACUCUGUUGCUCGGAGACCAAACCCUUCACUUUGAUUGAUCAGUGUUGAUCGGUCUGUUCCUGGCCCUGAUCAGUUCUCAGAUCACCGCUCGUGUUUUGGAGCGCAGUAUAUUUUGAUACUCGGUGAAGCCAACAAUUUUCUAUGUACAUAUAAAGUUGUAUUUUUUUAAUUGUAUCUAAAUGCUUUGGAUUCACUUGUUGCCGAUUGUGUGUUGAGAAUCAAAAAUAUAAAGUUGUUUUUGGGGGGCAAAGGUUUAGUGUUUUCUUUGAGGGGAUGAGUUAGUGAUGAGCAGUGCUGAAACGUGCAUUUACAGUUAUCCAUUAAAACAAGACAAACGAUUUCA